UUGGAAGCCGACCUUGAGAUCGACGAGACAAUCGGAUACGAGAGUAGCCUUCAGAGCUCCACACACAGCAUCUCCAGUUCCAUCGUCGACUAUAUCUACGAGAAUGGACGUCGCUACCAUCGGUAUCAGGAGGGAAAGUACAUGCUUCCAAACGAUGAGUCGCUGACCGUUUCGAUAAGACUCGACCUCUACCACCACCUGCAACUGCUCUCCCUUCGGGGUGAACUCUUCGUCGCGGAUAUUCCCAAGAAGUCCCAACGCAUCCUCGACUGCGGCACCGGAACGGGAAUCUGGGCGCUGGAUGCCGGGGAAGUCUUCCCAUCUGCAGAAGUGAUCGGGGUAGAUCUAAGUCCGAUCCAACCUGAAUGGGUGGUGCCAAAUGUCCGCUUCGAAGUCGACGAUCUGGAGCUGGAUUGGACUUAUCUCCCCAACCUCUUCGAUUUCAUCCAUUCCCGAAACAUAGCCCAAAGCAUGAAGGACUGGCCUAGAUAUCUCAGGCAGAUGUACAAACACGCAAAACCAGGCGCAUACAUCGAGCUUGCGGAAACAGCAAUGUCGCUCAACUGCGACGACGGUACGUACACCGGCAGCGCGCUGGAGGAUUACGUCACCAAGUUCCAAAAGUCAUUGGAACUAGGCGGGUUCAUUCUCCCCACCGGCGACAUGUUAAAGACAUUCGCCGAGGGUGCUGGAUUUGUGGAAGUUCAAGUGCACUACUUCAAGCAUCCUUGGGGUACGUGGCCAAAGGACCCCGAAAUGAAGAAGAUUGGCCAGCUCAUGGAGAUGACGGUUCUUACCGGUCUGGAGUCCUACGGAAUGGCACCGCUGACCAGGUACCUCGGCAUGAAACCCGAAGAUGUACUGGCCGGGUGCGCCAAAUCCCUAAACGAAGUGCACACUCGCAAGGUGCACGUGUACCAGUAUAAUUUCCAUGUGGUCGGACGGAAGCCGGAGGAGAAUGAGUAG